AUGGGUAAAGGACUCGCCAGACUUAUCGGCUCUGGCAUUGGCUUCACCUCUGAAGUCAUUCAGGCAGCCCGAAACCGUAGCCAAGACUCUACUUCUACUUCUCCCUCUGAAUCUGCUUCAGAGACUCCUCGCUCUAUUCCUGGUGCGGAAAGAGAGAGAGGCAACUAUGUCGCAGCCGGUGACCAGAUACACUAUCCCGACACCUGCGAGGGCCGCACGGAGCUACCCAUUCGUGAGGGCCGCGAACAGCGGGGCAACGAAAGCGAGCUACCAAGACGGGAGUCGGAGCUCCCAACAGAAGAAGAGCUUCCGUCCUACUCACUCGGCUCAAAACAACAGAGCAAAACGGCUGAAGCAGGGUAUUCAUCGGAUGUUGACGAGAAGAGAAGGAGCCAUUCUUCUGAGAGGGGGAAUGACGGCGACGAUGCCCCUGUCGACACCAGAAAUGGCCACGGGAGCUCAAUGGAUGAGGAUGAGGCUGCUUGGCAACUCGAUGAAGCGACCGAAGAGUUCGGAUUGCCCACAUAUGAUCAAGCGGAAUUCCACGCUGGUGCGGAAGGUGCUCAAAGGGGCCUCGAGACGGGUGCCGAGAAUGACCGCGAGGAGAUCAGUACGGAGGACUCUCAAGAUGAGCAGGAGAAGAAGAGAGAGCGCAUGAUCCGCGCACUCGUGGCGAUGGCGGGGCCACCACCGGCGCAGCCGCAGCGACUCCCGUACCCAGUGAUUAUUCCUCAGCGCAGGCCUGGCGCUAAGAAGCGUGGGUUUGUGCGUGCAUAUGCACCUGUGUUGGCCGACCAGGGUAUCAGCCAAGAUGCGUUUCUGAAGUUCAUCAGUGACUUCCAUAAAGCGAGUCAGGCUUCAAUGUGGCUCCAGGUCAUUGUUGUCGCAGCCAACAUCACCGGCUUCUCCCCUUCAUUAACAGUCGCGUUAACCGCCGCAGCAAUCCAAAUUGUAGCGGAUACAGCACAGCAAUUCCAAAUACGUCACCGUACCAAUUCCUACCUUGAUAGGGCGAAUCAAGAAAUCUUCAUGCCUCGCGGUCAAUACGCGAUGAUCAUGAAAUUCACCGAUCGGCCUCCCAAGCCGACGAAGAAGCAGAAGCAGAACAAGAAACAGAAUGCGAGCUCCCUUGAUUCCGAAUCUGACCGACUUGGCGGACUCUUCUCAACCGAGCAGGUCAAUUUCAAUCAACCAGGCGCCUCAGCGGAGGUUGAUCCCAAUAUGCCUCAGCCAACAAGGCCUGAGUUCGAUGCAGCAGUGACAAUCUCCAAGUAUACCCAUAGCAAGGAGCACCCACAAAUGAACGCGUGGAAGCAGCGCAUGAAGCAUUAUCGACUAGAAAGUGGCGCGACUCAAGGCGAGAUGCAGCUUCCGGAGUGUGCGCCACUAGUCUUCCCGGAGAUUGACCGAGCUGCGAUGCGGGUAAGGGAUGGCCUGGAGCCCAAGUCGAAGUUUCAGUCGGGAAGAACCUGGGUUCGAGACUACAUCGAUCGAAAGUCGCAGGCAGCAUUUGAAGCUGAGCAUAAGGGGUCUGCGGUGGCUGUGCCCGAGUCGGGACGCAAGGCCUUCACUUCACGCUACAACGACCCUAAUCACCCAGUGAAUAAUGGGAACCUUCUGACAACCCUGAGCGGUGGUCUGUAUCAGCCCAAACCAAGUCUAUUGGAUCGUGCCGGGGCUGCCAUCAAGAAAUCACAGGACAAGAAGCGGGCUGCUCAAGGUCUCCCUCCGAGUGAAACGUGGAAAGAGAAAUGGGCCAGAAAGAAGAAGGAAACUGGCAGCAGAAUGAAGAUUCUUAGCGAGGAUGUGAUGUAUCUGAUGAUCGUCAACAUGCCCACCGAGGAGGAGCUGAGUGAGUCCGUUGCUAAGUUGCAAUAUCUCGCGCAGCAGGGAGAUCUUGGAAGCGAUGGGACUGGAGGAUCAUCUCUCGUGAAUGGCUGGGAUGUGGCUAAUAUAGCAACUUUGGCUGUUAACUAG